AUGCGUGGCUCCGAGCGACCUGAGCUCGGAGCUCUAAACUCGCCGUUGAAUCGUCCCUGUCCAGCCUUAUUUUCCUUCUACCCUAUCUCAAAAGCUGAGAGGCUUCUAGUAAACAUGUCGGCUCAGAACUCCGCGGGCAUUCAGACCCUCCUCGAUGCUGAGAGAGAGGCCCAGAAGAUUGUGCAGAAAGCCAGAGAAUACCGUACCCAGCGGAUAAGAGACGCCAAGUCAGAGGCCCAGAAGGAGAUUGAGGAAUACAAGAACCAGAAGGAAGAAGAGUACAAGAAAUUCGAGGGCGAGCACUCAAGCGGAUACAAGGUUGCCCAGGAGGAGGCCGACAAGGAAGCCGAGGUCAAGCUCCAAGAGAUCAAAGACGCUGGCAAGAAGCAGGGCGACAAGGUGGUUGCAGAUCUCAUUCGCGUGACGACUGACGUCAAGCCCGAGGCGUCGGAGAAGAUCAAGGCAUAA